CAUGUAAAUAAACAAUAAAGGAUCCCCAUUUCCGUGCCAAAUCCUAAACCGAACCCGAAGUGAGCAAAGGUCAGCGGGGCGCGUAAUUCCGACGGUCGUCGCAACUUGCAACCGACCAAGAACACACGAACGAUAAGAAGAAGAAGAAGAAGUUAUCAUUCCCUUUCAAUCAACAAAACACAAUCGCUGCUCAGCUGUGUUUUGGAACCGCUUCAAUCGCUGGUCAGCCCGAAGUCCACGAUUACACCACGACCGCCAUCGGAGAGCACGAACGCCCAGCGAACCGACCGAGCGGACGCACUUUCCUUGCGAUCGGUGUGCCAAAGCCGCGAGAUCAAUUGAGGUGUUGUUGGUGCUUGAUUUCGUUCGACACAGUGCGAAACCAACUUCCGCGAGUGUUCCAGACGCUUCCCUUAUCCGCUGCAGGCGAGGUUUAAGAAUUGGAGCCUUCGCAGUAGAGGAAGGCUGCUUAAUUACAUAACGAAACAAAGAAAAACAAAGGUGUUUGCCUGUUGCCUCGAAUUGUGAGGGCGAACGUACAUAUACGAACAACAUGGCUCGAAACAUGCUCAACAUUGCCAAGUAUUCUCGAACACUGCUCCAGCGGCCACAACUUCGGCACUAUUCCGAGGCAUCGGCACAGUUCCCGAAAAUCACCACCCACUACACGAUUCACCCGCGGGAUAAGGAUCCACGAUGGGGAGAGGUCGACAUGGAGCGUUUCGUCGACGAAGCGGAUCUGCUCAUCGUGGGCGGUGGUCCGGCCGGUCUCUCCGCAGCGAUCCGUGCGAAGCAGCUAGCGGCGGAGAAGGGCCAGGAACUGCGCGUCUGUCUCGUGGAGAAGGCGGCUGAGGUCGGUGGCCACAUCCUGUCCGGCGCCUGUCUCGAUCCGGUCGCCCUGAACGAGCUGAUCCCGGACUGGAAGGAAAAGGAAGCGCCGCUCAACACGCCCGUCACGCACGACAAGUUCUCCUACCUCACCGAGUCGGCCAAGCUGCCCAUUCCGAUCUUUCCCGGCUGGCCGAUGGACAACCGGGGCAACUACGUCGUGCGGUUGGGCCACGUCGUGGCCUGGCUCGGCCAGCAGGCGGAAGAGCUCGGCGUGGAGAUCUACCCCGGUACGGCCGCCUCGGAGAUACUGUACCACGAGGACGGUUCGGUGAAAGGGAUCGCCACCGGGGACGUCGGCAUCGGGAAGGACGGUGCGCCGAAGGAUACGUUCGCGCGCGGCAUGGAACUGCACGCGAAGACGACCAUCUUUGCGGAGGGUUGCCGGGGCCACCUGUCCAAGCAGGUGAUGGCCCGCUUCGGGCUGAACGCGGAGAACGACCCGCAAACGUACGGCAUCGGGCUGAAGGAGGUGUGGGAGAUCAAGGCGGAAAACCAUAAGCCGGGGCUGGUGGAGCACACGAUCGGGUGGCCGCUGGACCGGCACACGUACGGCGGCUCGUUCCUGUACCAUCUGAACGAACCGACGCCGCUGGUGGCGGUCGGGUUCGUGGUGGGGCUGGACUACGUCAACCCGUACCUGAGCCCGUUCCAGGAGUUCCAGCGGUUCAAGACGCACCCGAAGGUGCGCAGCACGUUCGAGGGCGGCAGCCGCAUUGCGUACGGUGCGCGGGCACUGAACGAGGGCGGCUUCCAGAGCAUUCCGAAGCUGACGUUCCCGGGCGGUUGUUUGGUGGGGUGCGGCGCCGGCUUCAUGAACGUGCCGCGCGUCAAGGGCAGCCACUAUGCGAUGAAGAGUGGUAUGCUGGCGGCGGAGAGUGCUUGCGAGGCGAUCUUCUCCGGUGCGACGCAGGAAAAGGCGGGCCUGGAGCCGAAGGACUAUCCCGAUCGCAUCAAGGAAUCGUAUGUGUGGAAGGACCUGUACAAGGUGCGAAACUCCCGGCCCAGCUUCCACACCGGGCUCGGCCUGUUCGGCGGUGUGGCGUACAGUGGCUUCAGCAUUCUGGUCGGCGGGCGGGAACCGUGGACGCUGCACCACGGUUCGCCCGACCACACCCGCCUGAAGCCGGCGAAGGAAUGCAAACCGAUCGAGUACCCGAAACCGGACGGCAAGCUGACGUUCGAUCUGCUCUCCUCGGUGGCGCUGACCGGCACCAACCACGAGGGCGACCAGCCGGCCCAUCUGACGCUCAAGGACGACACGGUGCCGGUGAAGAACAAUCUAACGAUUUACGACGGCCCGGAGGCACGGUUCUGCCCGGCCGGCGUGUACGAGUACGUGGCGAACGACGAGGGCGGCAACAUGAAGCUGCAGAUCAACGCGCAGAACUGCAUCCACUGCAAGACGUGCGACAUUAAGGACGUUACGCAGAACAUCAACUGGGUCGUGCCGGAGGGUGGCGGCGGCCCGGCCUACAACGGCAUGUGAGCGGGCGGGUUUUGGUCGGUCUUCCACGUCGCUGGGCGGACCUUUCGGUCGAAUUUAUUGUGUUAAGAAGAAUAAAGUUUCCCAUUUGUAAUUUG